AUGGAUGAAAGUAUCAAUUUAUCAGACAAUAAAAACAUUAACAAAUCGUAUGAUAUAAAAAAUAUAUACAACAUAAAAAAAGAGGAUGUGAUUGUUCAGGAAUAUAUGAACGUAAAUAAUAACUCAACAAUUAAUAUAGAUAACAAGGAUCAAGUAAAUAUAUAUAUUGAAAAUAGGGACUUGAAUAAAAAAACAUAUAACUGUUAUACUUGUAACAUACAGAUUUAUAACUAUUCUUUUUUUCGAUAUCAUUUUAAAUCUGAGUGGCACAAAUAUAAUUUAAAGAGAAAAUUAUUAAACCUAAAUGCAGUUAACGAGUUAGCUUUUAAUGAAAAAGUGCAAAUUUUAAAAAAGAGUGAGGAAGGAAAAGGAAAAGGAAAAGGAAAAGGAAAAGAACAGGAGGGAAAUAAUCUUAAUACGUCCAAAAAGCAUAGUAACAGUAAUUAUAAAAAAAAAAAAGGAAAAAAAAACAAUGGAGAAGAUUAUAACCAUAAAAAAGUAAAUAAUAGUAAUAGUAAUAGGAAUAGUAAUAAUGAAGGAAGUAGCUAUGAUAUACAAAAAGUGAAAUAUGCUACAAAAGAAGAGGUGCUAUUAAACAGAAAUGUAAAGUAUGAUAACCCCUUAGUCUGUUUUUUUGAUAACAGAAUUUUUAAUACCAUUGAUGAAAAUAUAAAACAUAUGAAUGAUAAUUAUACUUUUUAUAUUCCUGAUCAAAAAUAUGUAACGGACAUAGAAAAAGUACUUUUAACCAUAGGGAAAAAAAUAUAUGAAGAGAAUAAAUGCAUUUAUUGUUUUCGAUAUUCCAAAUGUGUUAAAUCUUUACAAUCACAUAUGAUAUGUAAAAGUCAUACGAAAGUACACACCGAUUUUUUUGUAUUUAUUCAAAAAUAUUAUGAUUUUUCAAAAACAUAUGUUGAUUUAUUAAAUAAAUAUAUUAACAGUAAAGAAGAUAAAGAAUUACUUAUUUAUAUGUUACACAAAAGAAGAAAGGAUAAAAUAUCUUUAAAGUGUCAGGCAAGUGAAAAACAUAACAAGGAUAAUACAACAAAAAAUUAUGGAGUAAGUGAUGAUAAGCAAAACGUGGAUAAUGUUGAAGAUGAAAAGAGCCCUGAUGAUAGCAAACAAGGCAAUGUAUUCAACCAUGGAAAAGGCAUUAACAGUAAUGUAUGUACCGUUCACAAUGGAAGCAAUGUAAAUGGUGUAAACGAUAUCAAGUAUAGAAAAUUGCAUUCUUCCGAAGGAGAGAACAUUGAUGACUACAACAGUAAUAACUAUAACAAGCAACAUAAGUAUGAAAGUGACAACAAUGACGAUUACAAAGUGAAAGAAGAGGACUUGAGUAAGAACCUAAGUUAUGAUACUAUUUAUGAAGUCCUUGAAGAAUUUGGUUAUAUAAAACCUGAAUUAAAUGAAUACAAUAAUUUAAUAUUACCGGAUGGAUCCGAAGCAAUUAAUAGGAAAAUAGCAUAUAUAUUUAAACAAAAAUUGCCUCUUGAAAAUAGGACAGAUUUAAAAUGUAAUAAGAUGGAUGUUAUGAAAAAAAAAGAGAGCAAUCAGUAUAACAAAAAAUAUAAAUACUACAUUGAUAUUGCUAAAAAAUAUGGCUUAGAUUUAAAUGUGAAGACAAACAAGUUAAACAGGUUUUAUAAAAGUGAUACUAUGUUUUUUCUUUAA